UCCCCCAACCAUCAGACAAUCGCAAUCGUCAAUCUCUUUCUUGCUUUCUUUCAAUCGCGACGCUUCGAAUUUUCUCGCAAACAAGCUCGAAUUUUCUCUCGCUUUCUUGCAUUUUCUCGGAAAACUUGAUCGAUGGCCGACGUUCAGAUGCACGACGCUGAGACCUUCGCCUUCCAGGCCGAGAUCAACCAGCUUCUGAGCUUGAUCAUCAACACUUUCUACAGCAACAAGGAGAUCUUCCUUCGUGAGCUCAUCAGCAAUUCAUCUGAUGCUUUGGACAAAAUUCGUUUCGAGAGCCUCACAGACAAAAGCAAGCUCGAUGCUCAGCCGGAGCUUUUUAUCAGGCUGGUGCCUGACAAGGCUAACAAGACCCUCUCAAUCAUUGACAGUGGCAUCGGCAUGACCAAAGCAGAUUUGGUGAACAACUUGGGUACAAUUGCAAGGUCUGGAACCAAAGAAUUCAUGGAGGCAUUGCAAGCCGGAGCCGAUGUGAGCAUGAUUGGUCAGUUUGGUGUCGGUUUCUACUCGGCCUAUCUCGUUGCUGAGAAGGUCAUUGUGACCACCAAGCACAAUGACGACGAGCAGUACAUCUGGGAGUCACAGGCUGGUGGUUCCUUCACUGUCACAAGGGAUGUCAAUGGCGAACCGCUCGGCAGGGGCACCAAGAUCACCCUCUUCCUCAAGGAGGAUCAGUUGGAGUAUUUGGAAGAGAGGAGGGUCAAGGAUCUUGUGAAGAAGCACUCUGAGUUCAUCAGCUAUCCAAUCUAUCUCUGGACCGAGAAGACUACCGAGAAGGAGAUCAGUGACGACGAAGACGAAGAUACCAAGAAGGAAGAGGAAGGAGAUGUUGAGGAGGUUGAUGAGGACAAGGAGAAGACAUCAAAGAAGAAGAAGAUCAAGGAGGUUUCUCACGAGUGGCAGCUCAUCAACAAGCAGAAACCCAUCUGGCUCCGAAAGCCCGAAGAAAUCACCAAGGAGGAGUACGCUGCCUUCUACAAGAGCUUGACCAAUGACUGGGAGGAGCACCUUGCUGUCAAGCAUUUCUCAGUCGAAGGCCAGCUCGAAUUCAAGGCCAUCCUCUUCGUCCCGAAGAGGGCUCCUUUCGAUCUUUUCGACACUAGGAAGAAGAUGAACAACAUCAAGCUCUAUGUCAGGAGGGUGUUCAUCAUGGACAAUUGCGAGGAGCUGAUUCCGGAGUACCUCGGAUUCGUGAAGGGUGUCGUCGAUUCGGAUGAUUUGCCUCUCAACAUCUCUCGUGAGACGCUGCAACAGAACAAGAUUUUGAAGGUGAUCAGGAAGAACCUUGUGAAGAAAUGUAUUGAGAUGUUCAAUGAGAUUACUGAGAACAAAGAGGAUUACGCCAAGUUCUACGAAGCCUUCUCCAAGAAUUUGAAAUUGGGCAUCCAUGAGGACAGCCAGAACAGAGCCAAAUUGGCCGAUCUCCUCCGCUACCACUCGACCAAGAGCGGUGACGAGGUGACAAGCCUGAAGGACUACGUGACCAGAAUGAAGGAGGGUCAGAAGGACAUUUACUACAUCACCGGAGAAUCGAAGAAGGCGGUGGAGAACUCUCCGUUCUUGGAGCGCCUGAAGAAGAAGGGCUACGAAGUUCUUUACAUGGUGGAUGCCAUUGACGAAUAUGCCGUCGGACAAUUGAAGGAAUACGACGGCAAGAAGCUGGUGUCCGCCACCAAGGAGGGUCUCAAACUCGAUGACGAGACAGAGGAAGAGAAGAAGGCAAAAGAGGAGAAGAAGAAGUCAUUUGAGAACCUCUGCAAGACAAUGAAGGACAUUCUGGGAGACAGGGUCGAGAAGGUGGUGGUUUCCGACAGGAUUGUCGACUCGCCCUGCUGCUUGGUGACCGGAGAAUACGGGUGGACGGCCAACAUGGAGAGGAUCAUGAAGGCGCAGGCGCUGCGGGACAACAGCAUGAGCUCCUACAUGUCGAGCAAGAAGACGAUGGAGAUCAACCCGGACAACGGAAUCAUGGAGGAGCUGAGGAAGAGGGCGGAGGCUGACAAGAAUGACAAAUCCGUGAAGGACCUCGUGCUGCUGCUGUUCGAGACUGCUCUGCUGACCUCCGGCUUCAGCCUGGAUGACCCCAACACUUUCGCGGCGAGAAUUCACCGGAUGUUGAAGCUGGGGCUGAGCAUUGAGGAGGAGGAGAUCGGCGGCGAUGAUACUGACAUGCCUGCUCUGGAGGAGGACGGUGCUGAGGAGAGCAAGAUGGAGGAGGUGGACUAAGCCAGUUUCUGCGUUUUGGAGUCAAUUGGGAUGUCAUUUGAGUUUGUGGAUAUUUCGGGUAUUUUGGUUUACCUAAUUGUUGGUAGGUGUCGCGGUCUUAUUGGAUGAAAGUUGUCCCCGUGGUGUGUCAAUCUUGUAGUGUCUUUUAAUUUUGUGUUGUCAGUUUUCAGUCCGUGUCAAAACUUGAUGGUGGUUAAUUCUGAAACUCGAUAAUGUUAAUAUAAUUUUGAGUUUCUCAUA